AUGGUGUUUGUACCGUUCACUGAUAUAGACAAUCAUCACUGCAAUGUUACAUUUGGUGCUGCAUUAUUGGCGUCGGAAACUGCUGAUACGUAUAUUUGGUUGUUGAGAGUUUUUCUAAAAGUUGUUGGUUCUCAACCAAAAGUUGUUGUCACUAACCAAGAUCCAGCAAUGAAGAAGGCUAUUUCUACUGUAUUUGUUGGCACGAGGCAUCGAUUAUGCAUAUGGCAUGUGAUGCAUAAACUUUCUCUGAAGGUUGGUGUUAGGCAAUGCAAUUCCACCAAUUUCAAAGAACGUAUUUGUGGUGUUGUGUGGACGGAUAUUCUCACACCUGAAGAGUUUGAAUCAAAAUGGGGAGUUGUUAUCGGAGAGUUCAAUUUAGCAGAUAAUGACUGGCUAUCUGAUAUUUUUGCACUCAAGGAAUCUUGGAUCCCUGCAUACUAUAGAAUGGAAGAGCUGUCGGGCCUUAUGCGAACGACAUCGAGGUCGGAGUACAAAUAUUCUCUGUAUGGCGUUAUAGAGAUAUUGUUUUUGGCGUUUUUCAAUAUGGACAUUAGAGAAUUUCCAAAACAAUACAUUUUGAAUAGAUGGCGCAAAGAGGCUUCCCCAAACUGCUCUCCCGAAUACUCAAUUAGUCGUGAAUAUAUGACCGAGCUUGAUCCCGAUAUGCAAAGUAUGAUGCGAGAUUUUAUUUUUUCAACAGAAUAUACUUUGAACCAUUUAUCUGGUAAUAAAGAGGAGCUAUCCUUAUACAAGGAUCAUGUUCAAUCUUAUAUGAAAAAGGUUCAAGAUAUGCAGAUUGUUGCUCCUCCCGCUAGUACUAGGGAUAGAUUUGCCGAGAUAUUUGGUCAAUAUAAAAACUGCAAGAAUCCGAUAAGAGUCCCUGUUGGGUAUAAAUCCAAAGGUUCUGGUUCUCCAAAGCGCCUGAAAUCUAAACAGAAGAUAGAAAUCGAGUAA